UUUAAAAAAAAUAAUUAUAAAAAAAUAUAAAUCUAUAACUCAUAAAAAAUCUUACUUUUUAAUGAUAACUCUCCCUGUUUCUCUAAAUCGAAUACACGACACUUAUAAAUCUUACAACUAUAUUUAGCAUUAAUUAUUCUAAUUUUAUAAGUGUGUCAACGCCUAUUUUUUAGAAGAGAAAAAUCAUAGAGGUGGCAAGAAAAAGGUGUAUGGUUACCCAUUAUGAUUUUAUUUCUUAAAUUAUACGAUUAUUUUUUGCUUUUUCAUAAUAAUAAAAUAAAAUGGGACAAGUCGUUUUCAAACCAACUGGUUUGAGUAAUCACCCAUAAAAUGAAGGGAUAAGUUUUGUUUCUAAUAUUUAUUUAUGAGGAAAAUUUAAUGUGAAAAUGUUUUUACAGAUAAUAAAUCAUGGAGUGAGCAGUUCAUUAUUAGAGAAGGUAAAAUCUGGCAUUCAAGAACUAUUUAAUAUGGAUAUGGAAGAGAAAAAGAAGUAUUGCCAAGGUCAAGGAGAAGGAGAGGUUGAGGGCUUUGGACAGGGCUUUGUUAUUUCGGAGGAGCAAAAGCUGGACUGGGGCGACAUGUUCGGCCUUAUCACCCUUCCCACCUAUUUGAGGAAGCCCCACUUGUUCCCUCGCCUUCCCCUCCCACUCAGAGAUAACUUAGAAGCUUACUCAACAGAACUAAAAGAUCUGACCAAGAAAAUUCUAGAUCAAAUGGCAAAAGCUUUGAGAAUGGAAAGUAAUGACAUGAGGUGCGUAUUUGAAGAAGGGAUGCAGUCAAUGAGGAUGAACUACUAUCCUCCUUGUCCACAACCAGAGCUUGCCAUUGGCUUAACCGCUCACUCUAAUGCUUCAGGCCUAACAAUCCACCUCCAACUCAAUGAAAUGGAAGGUCUCCAGGUUAGAAAAGAUGGAACGUGUAUCCCUGUUAAACCCCUUCCCAAUGCUUUUAUCAUCAACAUUGGAGACGUUUUGGAGAUUGUGACGAAUGGUAUCUACUGUAGCAUCAAGCAUCGUGCGACUAUGAACUCAGAAAAGGAGAGGCUGUCAAUAGCCACAUUUUUAAGCCCAAAAUUGAAAGGAGAUUUUGGUCCGGCGCCAAGCCUUUUGAAUGCAGAGUCACCGGCAUUGUUUAAAAGAAUAGGAGCAAUAGAUUACUUGAAGGGUUUUUUGUCACACAAACUCGACGGGAAGUCAUACAUCGAUGCUAUGAGGAUCUAAGGAAUGAGGCCAAAAAUGCAUGCUCUUCAGAGAAUAAGUUUGAGUAUAUAUACUCGAGCCAGAUUUAAAAUAAACGAAAUGUUCAUGCUAUAUUAUUAGUUACUUUGUUUUGCCAAAGUGGGACCAACAGAAAUUUGUAAUUCUAUUUCUACGGUAGUAAAUAUUAGAUCUAUGCCCUCCAUAA